AUGUAUCCCAACAUGCAAAGUAAUUUCUAAUAUGUUCCCUACUAAGGUUACAACUAUCAAAAUGUUGAUGAAGAGCAGCCAAAGACUCUCCUUAAGCAAGAAUCCUAGGUUUAAGCAACUCAAUAAGUAACUGAUUCCAAUGGUAAAAUAGACAAGGAAUUUGUAGAGAGCUUAGACAAGCCAAUUAACAGUCUUCCCUUUUUGGAAAAGUAUCACUAGUCUGCUAGAAAUGUUGAAAGACUAGCCUAAACUGUUAAAAAUGCAAGUUAUGGUGUUGGAAUGCUAGGAGGUGUCUGCUUCGUCCUUGCUGGAUUCUGUCUUCUAGGAAACUCCGCUAUUCAUAACUCUUAAAUGACUCAAAAUAGCAGUGCAAAUGCUGCUCAUCCAAAGCUUCAAUCAGGUAUGCUAGAUAGUGGGAUUUAAUCUGAAAUUAUCGAUUCUGAAACUGGAGAAUUUAAUGUUAAGGCUUUAUCUGGAACUUUUUCUAUGAUUAUUUGGGGUAUGAUUAUGGCUAAAGCAAAGUCUGGCUACACUGCAGCAAUCUCUAAGGAUCAUACUUAAGUUCAAUCUCAAUACAAAAAUGUCUUAACUUUGUUCGCUUUAAUUGCAGUUGCAACUUUUGCCUAAUGGAAGUUUGAAGGUCAAAGUCAAAAGAAUAUUUAAUCAACACAACCUGCUACUCAAUCAAAGGGUAGAAAUUUAGAAGCUUCAAAUCCUAUAGUAGCUGUUACUGAUGAAGUAGAAAUCGUAGAUUACAAAACUCUUUAUGAAAAUGCUUAAUAACUAUGGAGAAACUCAAUCAGUAAAGAUCAGAAAAAAUCAAGCAUAGUACUAGAAAGUUCAAAUGUAGAAACAGCAACACAAGAUCAUAAAGUCAAAUCCUAAAUCAUCAUUCAAGGUGCCAAGGGUGCAGUUAAGUGGAUUGGAUCUAUUAUAUUCUUUGCUAUUUGCUUUGCUUAUGGCAUGAUUCUUAGAUAAUAUCACUUGGCAGUACAAAAGCAUUAAUAAAUGACUGAGCUAUUCUAUAACCCUAACGUUAGAGUUGCCUCAGGAGAGAAUGCCUCCAAAGUCCUUGAUUCAAUCAAGCCUAAAGUAGAAGAAGUUGAACAAUUAAUUCAAGCUCCAGCCUAACAACAAUCUGUUCACCACUUAAACUAAUUUGAAAAUCUCCAUCAAAAGAUCUCAGAGAUUCUUAAGAAUGCCUAAAAUAUUUAAAAGCCUCAUAUGUAGGUUGCUGCCCCUACUCUUAAAAAUCUUCCACCAUCAUUGAAAAGUGAAAAUAACUUCAACUACUCCUUGUGUGAAUCAAUAGACUAUUAAUAGGAGUCCUUAGCGGCACCACUUCUUGAUACAAGAAAAGAACAAAACAAAAGUCUUGCUAUUGAAAGAUUACAACAAAUCCUUUCUCAAAAAUAAUCUUCUCAAAAUUAGCAAGUACAAUAGAUUGUUCAAGAAAAGCCAAAACUCUAGCAAGCAGUCAUUGAAAAUCAAAUUCAAGCUGCCCCUUAAGCUCAAUAAUAAGUUAAAGUUAUUACAAUGUCAAGAGAAGAAUUUGAAAAGUAAUACGGCCAAAAAUUACCAGAAAUUACUUAAAAUUAAGCUUCUGCCAUUAUAAUUCAAACUCAUGCAAAGGACUUGGUUGAGGAAACUUCAAUUAAUAUGACUAUUACCAAGAAUAAUAGCAUGGAAUGA